GAAGUGUCGCCGUGACGCUUUUUGACACCUCCCAGAAACCUCUGCGCUGCAGACAAGGUCAGGUUCGUUGUAAAGAUGGCCGGCCAGGUACAGUUGUUUCGAGCUGGUCUCCGGAAUGUCCUUUUCAUGCAGAUGCGCUACUCCUCUGACCAGUUAGGAGAAUUGGGAAAAGGUGCUGGUAAAGGCGGUGGAGGCGGGGGAGCCGUGAGAGAAGCCGGAGGAGCUUUUGGCAAACGCCAAGCUGCUGAGGAGGAGAGAUAUUUCAAACAAAAGGAAAGGGAGCAGCUGGCUUCUCUAAAGAAGCACCACGAAGAGGAAAUCCACCAUCAUAAGGAGGAGAUUGAACGCCUGGAAAAGGAGAUUGAUCGGCAUAAGAACAAAAUUAGGAAACUGAAAGAUGAUGAUUAGUGGUUUCACUGAUCUGCUUAGGUGUUGCUUACUGUCUUUUGGGGGAACUCAACAUUAAAAGCUUAAUUUUCUUCUGUGAUACAGAGUUGUGAUAUCCUUCAAUAUAUCUAUAUCUCAAUAAAACAAUGGAUGUCAGCCAGUUAAGUAU